GUCUUUCAAAGUCUGUCAGCAGUCCGUGAAUACCUGGUGCUGAUGAAUAAUAGAGUGCAAACAGAAAGAAUAAUGAAUUCGAAUUGAAAUAAGCAUUGAGUCGGUUUACUGGAGCGAGACACUCAGAUCGAAACAGGUCCCUGCGUUAAUUGCAUGUCGUCUCAGUGAAGGACUGUACUAAGGGAUGCAGUUUCAAUGACAGUUAUAUAAAACAGUUUAUGACUCUCUACGACCCAAACAUUCACACUUGAGUUUCCGUUUAAGAGAUCGUGAUCAUGUCGGUAACUUCAAGGAAUUGAAACUGGACAGGAAAACAUCGAAUGUAUCCCACCAAAAAGAAAAUAGAAGUACAGUUCUCUGGAAUCUGCUCAGAGAGGGACACCGUUGUUACACAUGUAUGAGUCAAGAAUGAAUUUAUCUUCCAGUGUUUCUCGAUGACUUUUGCACAUUAGCUGAUGGAUAGCCUCAUAAUCGAUAGGUAACACUGAAAGCAAUAUUCUACGCACUGUCUCUACAUUUUAUAAUGUGUAUCCACUUAUUACCGGCUCAUGACGAAUGACGUAACAAUUGAGUACCGGCUACUAUCCUCAACAGCAGUAGGACCUCCUAACAUCACAUCAAGCGAUCGGGGAAUGGCCAGUAGAGCAGUGAUUGCAAGUGUCAGCGUGGUGUCGGUGAUACUGGCUACCAUAGCAAUCACCAUUCUUAUAUUCUGCCUGUACAGAAGGAGAAAACAGGCCAGAAACAAGCCCAAGACUGACGGACGGAGAUCUGGAAAGACUCAUGGAUCCAGUACAAUGCGUUCAGACAAAAGUGACCACCCCUACGAAAACCCUUCGUUGCCACGGAGACUCAAUGCUAACCUUAAAUCUUCAACACCUGCUAAUGGUCAAAAUAGCGAUCCAUAUGUAACCCUCAAAGGCCAAUCUUUACCCCACCAAUACCAGUGGCUUGGUAACAAGGCACAACCCCCAGACGAGUCUGAGUACGACGAACUUGUGGCGUCAACGGAAGGAAGCACCGGUGGUUACUACUUCAAACUGGAACCAGGUUCACGGGGGAAUACCGGUCUUCGACCUGGACUGGAUCCUACAUCGACGACAACCGAUCCUGAUCAAGCGUAUGAUCUGGUCGAAGUUGGUAACAUGGUGGGAAAGAAUGUGAAUUCAAACAUAAAUCCUGAGACUUCUAGUAAAGACACGGGGGAUGACGAGGAUCCGUAUUACUUUAAGUUUGGAGGAUCGAAACGAGGAAGCUCCACAGCUCCUGCAUCUUUACGUCUUACCCAACAACCAGAUGGUAAACCUCCUAAUAAAGAGACAGGCAUCAAGGUAAACCGGAAACCAACAAUCGCUGCUAAACCAAAUCUUGCCACGCAUACGAAGGGUUCCGUCGAGGAGAGUGCCGACUACGACAAACUCGAUCGGUCUGCCAUCCGCAAGCAUGACUCGGAAGAUGUUAAUGCAAAUGAAUACAAUAAACUUUUACCGCGGUUGGCCGUCUCAAACAACACCAGCUCGGGUGAUAUGCCAAGUGAUGGAUAUCUGAAGGUGACAUUAGGGAAUGGAAGACAUUGUGGAGAUGAUGAUACCGAUGGUGAUCAAAGUCUUAUGGAGGCUAUAAUUAAUGACUAUAAUAAACUUGACAGGGGAGUAGAGAAAGAAAUUGACAGUUUGGCGGUUGCGGUUGCAGAUAAGUGAUCGUCUCUUCCUCAAGGCAAACUGAAAUAAACACUUGACUCGUACUAUCAUUUCAUUCAACAUGCUAUUAUCAGUACUACAUUAUAUGAUCAAGGGUGUGGUGAAAUAUCAGUAACUUAAUGCAAGUCAUAUCUUCAUGUGUUAUUGACAGUAAUUUAUUGAGAAAAUGUGUGUAAUUGGCAAUGGCGAAGAGUACUACUUGAUAUAGCUGUAUUAACGUCUAAUUUAACCUCUUGCAAGCAGUGAUCUUGCACUGAAAUCUUGGAAAACUAGAUGAAAAAAACAACAAAUUAUUAAUGUGACCAAGGCCUCAUUCACAAACCACCUAAAGGUAUAUUGUGCCCAAUGUCAUUUACUGACUAUAGUAAGUUUUGAGUAACAUACACAUGUGUAAUGAUUUUUCGAUCACAUUAUUGAAACGGUCAAGUGAAUUUGGUUCACAAAGAAAUUGGGACACUUUACGUCCUCUCUAGAACUCAUCGAUUUGGCUGACUGACUUUUAGGAACAAUGGGCUGUUGACCAGUGUCGGGACUUCGGCAAAACUUAGCAGUUGGCCAAUUGCCACCCAGGUCCAUCCAAAGUUCAGGCUACCUAUAGAUGUCUAUGUCAUAGAAUGUCUUACAUAUAUGUCUAGACAUUGUGACAUAAAAUUAAAGUAAAUUAGUAAGUCCAAUGGAUUAGUUUGAACUUUUAAGUAUACCUGGCUCUUUUGAAGACAGGUCAAUGAGCUACGGAGAAACAUCAUUGAUCUAGAGAUGUAUCUCGUCAGUUUGAUCACAAACAUAACUAUUAUUGUGUUCGAAACUGACUCGUAUAUACCAUAUUGCUUGAUAUAAGUAAUAUGUGCACAUACAAUUGAUUUAUUUUACUCGAAUUAGAAAAAAAGUAUUAUUCUAUGGAAAUGCGGGAGGGGAUAAUAUCCCAGUGUCAUGAUUUAUAUUUCGUUCGAUAUGGUUGGGAUGUGCGUAGUCAGCAUAUGUUGUAAUAACUGUAAUCAUGAUUACUAUACUUAUUUAUCCAUAUAUGUUUAUUGCCGACAAUUCAAGGGUCAGGAGCCCGUUUUAUAACACUAGUAUUAUAACAAAUUUACAAUAUCAGUUUAAAGCUACUGAAACCAGUAAAUUUGAUUGGAUAAUAACCAACUUGUUAAUAUAGAAAUUGUACUUUGUUGUUCUAACAAAUUUUUAUGAAAUUGGUCCUUGAUCUACCAAUAGCGUUUGUGAAAAUAAAAGAGAGAAAUAUACAUUUUCAAUGCCAAAGUGUUGUAUUGCUACACCUUUGUCUCGCCGAUUUCUAUUAAAUAUUGGCUCAGUGAAAUAGUCCCCCCCCCCCUCUCUCUCUCUCACACAUCCCCCAUCCCGUAUGAAACACAUGCAUCGUCGUCUGUACUGUUCGAGGGUAUAUAAUUCACUGAAGUGGGCGCGUCGGAAACAAACAUCCAAAGGUGGACCCACCUAUUGGGGCCGGGUGCUUUGCCACAAUAUUUUGUGGCAAAUUGGGCGCCAAAUACGCAGAAUUCCCUGGCUGGGGUACGUUGGGGAAGGGGGCUGGAGAUAUGUAUUUUUCCCAAAUGAUACCUUGACAGUGAGGAAGGGAAAUGACUGCUAAGCCUUUUCGAGAGUACUCUUUGUUUCGGUACACAACCCUGGUGAAUUCAAAGAUUUUCUGCAUUUUUUUGGGGGGAUGGAGGUGGGGGGGGGGGUAACUACCUCCACUAUCAAUAAACGCUCGUAUGCGUGAUCCCGCAUUUGAGAGCCUACAGGCACAAGUUAAUCCCAUGCACACUAAUACACAUUUUGUGGAAUCAUGAUGACCCUGCCCCUCCUUCGUUUCUGGGGCGCAAAUGAUCAUGCCAGUGGCUCUGUUGCCGACUUACAAGCUUGAAUAUGGUUCUAUUCGUUUUUUUUUUUUUUUUUUUUUGGGGGGGGGGGUAAUUUCCGUACAAUCUUGGUACCUACACUGUAAACUGGUGUUGACUCAAUGAUGCAUGCACGAAGAUGCCGAUUCGCGAGGCAAGUGUGCAGCGAAAAAAUAGAGACGUCAGGCCCUAUACAAUACUAGUAUAUCAUAAUUUUUCCAAAAUCGUCUACUUUCUUUUAAUCGGGGGGGGGGGGGGGGCUGUAUAGCCUAUUACGUCCCUUCCACUUCGUCCCUUUCCCUUCCCGAAUCCUACGGCCCUCCUGGUGAGCAUGUCAUGAAAUGACGGACUUUUUAUCCGAGGCCUGUUUUAUCGGACAGUUAAUAGUAACGGUGAUUUGACCAAUCAGAAUGAAGGAAAGGUUUCACAUCUGACAACUUGUCAGACAAAAAUGUUGAUGAAAGCCUCCCCUGGAAUGGAUAUCCUAUCCUAUUUAGAGCACGAGAGUCUUCUUCUGCAAUAAUAUUCAAAGGGCUCUAUCUGCAGCAUAGUCUCUCGAAGGUGAAAUUUAAGGAUGCAUGCACGUUAUGAGGAGGAGUCUAUUUUCAAAGUGGUUUUGCAGGAGAGUUGGGAAGCUGUCAAGCGAACUUGCAUUUAGGCCUACUAUUUGAUGAGGGAGUUUAUUCCACUCAGGAACAGAUAGUUGGGCAAAGUCAAAUUUGUCAAUAAAAUCUCUUGAAAGCAAUGAGAUUGAUCAAAUUAUUAUACGGCUUGCUCGCUUCGCUCGCAACUUUUAAUAAAUCUUACCCAAUAAGCCACAUAUGGCCCCCUCUAAUAUUUUUGACCAUACAUGUGCAUCUUUCAUGGCAUAGCCUAUAGUCCUCCAAUGUACCAUGUGAGUAAAAAAAACUGAACUGGACACCUCACAAACCCUCGAUUUAAGGAAAAAAUAUUGCAUGAACAAAUAGUUAUAUAUUAAGUUUACUUGUACCAAACGCUCUUGAGGUGUGAGUAUUUUUCAGACGCUUCUGACGAAGUCUUAAUAAAGACGAAAGCUAAAGCU